AUGCGCAUGGAAUUUUAUCUUCGCAGUCUACUUCGCCUUGGGAUUCGUGGCUGGGAGUCCCUCGAAGUAAGUUUCCAGUUGCUGGAGAAACUCGAAAGAGGAGAGAAGGGAAUAAAUAUCGUAAGCUAUGUAAAUAUGGAUGAUGGUGAUGAUAUCUACAUGCAAUCUUGGACUGGAACAAUCAUAGGCCAACACAAUGUGAAUCACUUGGAUGUUGCCCAUGAGUUGAUCGACACGGUGAUUUCAACCGCUGAAGAAAAGCAAGCGGUUUACAUUAGCAUUACCUGCAACCAAUGA